CAUAUUUUUUUUAAAGCGUUCCUUUUUGUUGAGGGGCAUCUUACUCCAUUGCCUAGCGCCAAAACGUAUAAUUUCCUGUGGAGAUAAUUCACGGAAUCGCCGUUUGUAUUCUCUUAAAAAGUUCAGGUAGCCAUUGGGAGAAAUGCGCUCUACUUUCUGGUACUUGUAAAUGGUUUUACAACUGGCUUUUCCACGCUUUUUCCCCUUCAUAAUUGUUUUUUGUAUAAGCCUAUAUUUUUUUUCUCCCAAUAUACCAGAUUCGUCUAUACCUUAAUACUAUUUCUGAUUUAGAAGGCGUUCUCCCAGUUAACUUGGGUAUUUAUGACUGUUACAAGUUUUCAUUUGGAAUUUGUUUAUAAUUUUAAACACAAAUCGUAAAUUAAGAAAUCGUGAAGAGUUUAUAAAAAUUUUUGAGCAUUGAGAGCUGCAUAACCACAUCAUUAUCUACUUUUUUCAAAAAUUAUUUUAUACGAAUAAACCAAAAAAAAGCAUAACCUUAGUUAUCGUGAGUCUAUCAUUCAUAUAAAAACGAGUUUAGAAAAUCAAAAUUUCUUAUAAAUAGAGCUUAGAAAAUAUAAUUAAAAAAAAUAAAAGUAAUUUUAAAUAUGGCUUCUUAUCAAGCAGUUUGUACUGCCGGUUUUAUUCACCUUGUACUCGGAAUUUCGGUAUACCUUUCGCAACCUUCUGAUGGCUGUUCACCUGCUCCGAAAUUGGGAGGCUGGAUUUUCGUGGGAGCUCUUGGGCUCUUGGCCACUGAUAUUAAAAUGUAUCCGGAUCGUUAUAUGCACCUUCCGUAUUCCAUACAGUUUCUGGUGGAGACGAUCGGAUCUUUGGCUAUCCUGGAGUUCUUUUCGAUCGUGGUUUGGUGCAUGCUGGAACAACUGAUUCACCACCUGGUGAGGCUGCUCAUUCUAUCCUUGGGAAUGAACGACGAGACUUACCUGGCCUUCGAGUACUGGCUCCUUUUAAUUCCCACCACCGUUCUGGCCGUCACCCUAUUCAUUAUAAUGAAAAUGGCCGUUUUACCCCUUUUCGAUAUCAAGUCAGUCUAUGAAAAACAGGAAAUAAAGGUGCAUCUGGACAAGGAUGUUUACAUUGAUCUGGUUAGUCAAAAUAUGCGAAAAUUGGAAAAGUAUAAUCGUCGGUAUAAAAAUAAAUUAAAAAUGUGAAUUGGAGUACAAAUAUAAUGUAUGCUUGUGAAGACAAAAGUAAUAUAUG